AUGGGUGAAACCGGCAGUCUGAUGAGCGUGCUGACGGCGGCGGUGGGCAGGACAGCGCGGGUUGGGGUCCGGGCUCCGGGGGCGGGGCCAGCACUGGCUGGGGCCCGGCUCACUGGGCAGGGCCUGGCCCGUGCGGGGGCGGGCGCGGCGGCCGCGCGCUCCCUGGAACCCCUGCGCGGUGGCGGCGCUGUUUCCCGGGAGCGGUUGGCGGGCGGACCGCGCGGGCGGAGCGGAAGUGGCGGUCGCGGGGGAGCGAGCGGCGCCGCGGCGGAGCUGGCCGAGCUGGAGGGCGCGGGGGAGCGGGGUGCGGGCGCGGCCCGGGGCCCGGCCGAGCGCGGUGCGGGGGCGCCGGCGGAGCGCGGCGGGGAUGCGGCGCCGAGCCGGGCGGGCGCCGGGGCCUCGGCCCUGUUCGCGGGGCUGCAGGACCUGGGCGUGGCCAACGGCGAGGACCUGAAGGAGACGCUGACCAACUGCACCGAGCCGCUCAAGGCCAUCGAACAGUUCCAGACGGAGAACGGCGUGCUGCUGCCCUCGCUGCAGUCGGCGCUGCCCUUCCUGGACCUGCACGGCACCCCGCGCCUCGAGUUCCACCAGUCGGUGUUCGACGAGCUGCGCGACAAGCUGCUGGAGCGCGUGUCGGCGAUCGCCCAGGAGGGCAAGGCCGAGGAGAGGUACAAGAAGCUGGAGGAUCUCCUGGAGAAGAGCUUCUCGCUGGUGCGGAUGCCGUCGCUGCAGCCCGUGGUGAUGUGCGUCAUGAAGCACCUGCCCAAGGUGCCCGAGAAGAAGCUGAAGCUGGUGAUGGCCGACAAGGAGCUGUACCGCGCCUGUGCCGUGGAGGUGAAGCGGCAGAUCUGGCAGGACAACCAGGCGCUGUUCGGCGACGAGGUGUCCCCGCUGCUGAAGCAGUACAUCCUGGAGAAGGAGAGCGCACUCUUCAGCUCUGACCUGUCCGUGCUGCACAAUUUCUUCAGCCCGUCCCCCAGGACGCGGCGCCAGGGUGAGGUGGUGCAGAAGCUGACGCAGAUGGUGGGCCGGAGCGUGAAGCUGUACGACAUGGUGCUGCAGUUCCUGCGCACGCUCUUCCUGCGCACGCGCAACGUGCACUACUGCACCCUGCGCGCCGAGCUGCUCAUGUCCCUGCACGACCUGGACGUGGGCGACAUCUGCUCCGUGGACCCCUGCCACAAGUUCACCUGGUGCCUGGACGCCUGCAUCCGCGAGCGCUUUGUGGACAGCAAGCGAGCCCGAGAGCUGCAGGGCUUCCUGGACGGGGUGAAGAAGGGCCAGGAGCAGGUCCUGGGGGACCUGUCCAUGAUCCUGUGCGACCCCUUUGCCAUCAACACACUGUCGCUGAGCACCGUCAGGCACCUGCAGGAACUGGUGGGCCAGGAGACGCUGCCCAGGGACAGCCCUGACCUCCUGCUCUUGCUGCGCCUGCUGGCACUGGGCCAGGGAGCCUGGGACAUGAUUGACAGCCAGGUCUUCAAGGAGCCCAAGAUGGAGGUGGAGCUGGUCACCAGGUUCCUGCCCAUGCUCAUGGCCUUCGUGGUGGAUGACCACACCUUCAGCGUGGACCAGAAGCUGCCCACGGAGGAGAGGGCCCCGGCCACCUACCCCAGCCUGCUUCCCGAGGCUUUCACCAAGUUCCUGCAGGAGCAGCGCAUGGCCUGCGAGGUGGGGCUGUACUACGUGCUGCACUUCACCAAGCAGAGGAACAAGAACGCGCUGCUGCGUCUGCUGCCGGGCCUGGCGGAGACCUUCGGUGACCUGGCCUUUGGGGACAUCUUUCUGCACCUGCUCACCGGGGGGCUGGCGCUGCUGGCCGAGGAGUUUGCGCUGGAGGAGUUCUGCAGCAGCGUCUUUGACGGCUUCCUCCUCACCGCCUGCCCGAGGAAGGAGAGUGUGCAGCGCCACGCCCUGCGGCUGCUCCUGCACCUGCACCAGCGCGUGGCCCCGUCCAAGCUGGAGGCGCUUCAGAAGGCGCUGGAGCCCACGGGCCAGAGCGGGGAUGCGGUGAAGGAGCUCUACUCCCAGCUGGGCGAGAAGCUGGAGCAGCUGGACCACCGGAAGGCCAGUCCUGCCCAGGCCGCGGAGACUCCCGCCCUGGACCUGCCUCUGCCUGCCGUCCCCGCCACGGCCGCGCUCUGAGGGGCCCUGGGCUGCCGGACCACCCACAGGCCACAGCCCCCACCCCUGAACUCUGGCUGACGCAACCCCAGGUCUGUGCCUAGCCGGGGGAACCCGAGAAGUGUUGGGCACAGCCCCGGGCCCCAGAGCUGGAUGGAGGCGACGGGCCCCGCCUGGCGCGGUGGGCUGAGCCAGCUGGGGCUCAGUCCCUGUUCUCGGGGGACGGGGUCUGCAGAGGAAGGAUCAGAGCAGACACACGCGGCUGCUGCGUGUCCUGCAGGCUGUGUGAUGGCCGCUUCUGCACGUGCCGUAGCCCACUCGUGUAAAUAAAAGGCCUUUUGGUAAA